UUUUCGCCAUUAAUUAAUGAUUAAUGCAACAUUUUCUAUGCAUCGUCCACGUCUGCUGCUCCUGCUGCCGCUGUCCUUGGCAGCCAACCCAAGCCCCAGCAUGCCACAUGCCACAGCCACGAAUGCAUUGAGUGACAGCCAGAAAUCAUCACAAUAGACGUACAACAAAAACAACAGCAGCAACAGCAACAACAGCAGCAACAGCAAUUCCAGCUAAAUCUGAGACAACAACAACUGCAACGGGAACCAUGUCGAGUGGCAACAAUGAAACAGCGCCGCUCUACUGCGGCAGCGGCAUGGAUAAUUUUCACACAAGCUACAAGAACAUGCAUGGCUAUGUCUCCCUGGUGGUCUGCAUCCUGGGAACGAUAGCGAACACUCUCAACAUCAUUGUGCUCACCCGCAAGGAGAUGCGCUCCCCGACGAACGCCAUACUCACGGGCCUGGCGGUGGCCGAUCUCGCGGUGAUGCUCGAGUACAUACCCUACACGAUCCACGACUACAUCCUGACCGACAGCCUGCCGCGGGAGCAGAAGCUGAGCUACGGCUGGGCCUGCUUCAUCAACUUCCACUCGAUCUUUGCCCAGGUGCUGCACACCAUCUCCAUUUGGCUGACGGUCACGCUGGCGGUGUGGCGCUACAUAGCCGUGGGCUAUCCCCAGAAGAAUCGCGUGUGGUGCGGCAUGCGGACGACCAUCAUCACGAUCUUCACGGCGUACGUGGUGUGUGUUCUGGUCGUCUCCCCGUCGCUGUACCUCAUCACGGCCAUAACCGAGUGGAUGGACCAGUUGGACGCGAUGGGAAAGGUCAUCAACUCGAUACCCAUGACGCAGUACGUAAUCGACUAUCGGAACGAGAUCGGAAUGAGCGUCAAGGUGGCAGCACUGAAUGCCACUCCGCAGAGCCUGAAUCUGAACGAAACCUUGUGGUUGAAUGUCACGGGCACCACCGAGACACCUGCCCCUCCUGUGGCACCUCCUGCGCCUGCCCCUGCCCCUGCCCCCGCUCCUUUGGUGGCGCGAAACGUCACCGUCUACCGGCUCUACCACAGCGAUCUGGCCCUGCACAAUGCCUCCCUGCAGAACGCCACCUUCCUGAUCUACAGCGUGGUCAUCAAGCUGAUACCCUGCAUUGCCCUGACGAUUCUCUCAGUGCGCUUGAUCCUGGCCCUCUUGGAGGCCAAGCAGCGCCGGAAGAAGCUCACCAGCAAGCCCCCCACCCCCGCCGUGGCGGCGGCCAGCAAUGGAAACGGCACCGGCAAGCCGCUGGUGAAUGGAAAGCCCUCGGAGCGGCCGCGCAAGAACAGCAAGCUCCUCGAGAAGGAGAAGCAGACGGAUCGCACCACGCGCAUGCUGCUGGCGGUGCUGCUGCUCUUUCUGAUCACGGAAUUCCCCCAGGGUAUCAUGGGUCUGCUGAACGCCCUCCUGGGGGACGCCUUCUUUCUGCAGUGCUACCUGAGAUUGAGCGACUUGAUGGACAUUUUGGCCCUGAUAAACUCCAGCAUCAACUUUAUUCUGUACUGUUCGAUGAGCAAGCAAUUUCGUACGACAUUUACCCUGCUUUUCCGCCCGAAAUUCCUCGACAAUUGGCUGCCAGUGGCCCAGGACGAGGUGGCCGCCACACGGGCGGAGCGUUCGGCUGUGGCUCCGGCGCUGCAGCAGCGGCAGAUUGUGACUGCUGCCGGUGCCACCACCACCACCACGAGCACCACUCAAGUGACGAAUCUGUAGCAUAGAAAUCCCAGCAGAAUGUUGGGGCGUCUCUUGAGCCUGCUGAAGCGGAGGCGGGACGCGGCCGAGGGGGGUUCGCGCGCAGACAGGGAAGCGCCAGCCGGCAGAGGAUCCCUGGGCGGCUCCGAGGCAGAGGCCAUGGCCCUGCAGUUCCACGCAAUUGUCGUGGUGGUGGACAAGGCCAGCGGCGCCACGGAUCAUCACUUGUGCCCCACUGACGAGGCGCCAGCCAUGGCGUAGUGGACCGCUGGCAAAAAUUGAAAAUUGAGGCCCGCAAACUAGAUCAAAUCUAGAGGAUGGUUUUUCCUAGCUACAUAUUUCUGUAAAAUAUAUAAGAUUUCUCUCUAGUUUUCCUCUAAAAAGAAAAAACCCCCCAUUUGUUAGGCAAUAAGUAAGAGAAAAAAAAGCUAAACACAAGGCAUUUGCAUACUUUUUUUGCAGGAGGAACCCUUGAAGUCCUUCAGACCCCUCAGACCCAUGACAGAACUCGAAUAAAAUGCAGAACAAAUCAAUCAUACGCACACGCAUCGCUGGCCACUCAAGUGUUUUGGCCCAUAAAUCACAUUUGGAAUCGCAGGGCUUUGCUGCAAUUUUCAUCAUCAACAACAACAGAAACAAACCCCAGGAAAAAGAGUAUGCAAAAUGCAAUAUGUCUGCGUGUGCUCUACAGAACUACGAAUUUUACGAAUUUGUUUGGCAACGAUUUCGUUCGGAAUGAAAACGGAAUAAGUGUCUGAUAUAUUUCAUAGAUACGCAUACGGAUAUAGGGCAUAAAUCUGCACGUGUGUGCACGUGUGUGUGUGUGUGUGUGUGUGUGUGUGUGUUGGUGUGAGGCAAUUUUCGUGGAAAAACCAUUGGCUGGCAGAGUCACUAAUUUUAAGAGAAAGAAUCCCUUAUUUUGGAAGCAGAGGCUGUGAAACGUUUAACAAAAAUAGGUUUCCUUUUAUCCUGGAGGACAAACAGGGUUUCCUUUAAUGGGUAAAUUAUGCGGAUGAGGAUUUUUUUUGUCACACUUUUGUAGGAUAUUUUGUAGAUUUAAUUUAAUUUUUUUUGUUUUUUUUGUGUCCGCCGCUGCAGCACUUUUUGCCCCAAAUUAAAGGCAUUAAAGGGGAGUCCCGUCGCCCAUCAAAUGACACGCAUAAUAUGAUGAUUGAUGAUUGAUGAUUGAAGUAUUUGUGCAGCAAACUGAGCCCCUGACAAAUAUUUCGAAUCAUUGAAUACAUAAAUAAAUCAAAGAACCACAAAAGAGAAUUUCAUUACAAAAAAAUGAAGAAAUAAAUAAAAUAUAGACAUUUAAUGAUGGGAA